AAGAAUAAACUAAAAAAUGGCACAGACUUUAGCGAGACCGGGUUUUUUGGAUUUCAGUCCACCACUUAAUCCCCCAUCUCGUACAACCGAUGAUAAAACGAACAAAGAAAACGACGUUCCAGUUCUCAGUUUGAUUGAGUUUUCAAGGUCUCCUUUUGUGUGUUUUGGGACGAUAAAGUUAGGUUCGUCAAAAUCUUUACCUUUACGGAUUGAAAACUCAACCGAGGACGCAACAACGACAGUAAUUGUGGAUAAAAUACCAUCCUCCAAAGGCUUCUCUGUUAACCAGACAUCUUUCACCAUCCAACCUGCCGACAGUGUGAUUGUAACUGUAACUUGGACGCCUGUAGAAGAUGGAGGUUUUCGAGAACUCCUCAGCUUUGUUGCAAAUGGCAUUGUCAAACAUCAAGCUAUUUUGCUUGGAAAAGCAGAGGCACCAAAGAAGAAAAAGAAAACUCUAUGGGAUUCAAUUAAGUCCAAGAGAGGCCACACCACAUCCACAAAAGUUGGAAAAGGACUUGUGAUGCCAGUAAAGGCAGCCAACAAGACAUUUCAUGUGUCUCGACAGCCACAAUAUAGAAGAAACAGAGGAUCAAAUCCCCUCUCCCCAUUAAACCAGGAACGGCCCUCUCAUAGGCUUAGUGGCAGCAAGCACAAAAACUGCCAAUCUUCUUAUCCUCAGCUCUCUCAAGCUCUGCCAAACUCUGUACAGGCUGACCUGGAAAACAUGUCUCUUCAAAAGAAUUCUCCAAUUGUUCUGUUGGUGCCCGUUGACAGAUUUAUUGAUGCUACAGAGAAAUCUUCUGCACCACUAUAUAAAACUGAUUUUAAAGAAAUCAGGGUGUUAAAUAAGACACUCUCCCCAAUUAGCACCCCAGAGAGGUGUUCUAGACCCUUAACAUCCUGCUUUCAAAGUCCACUUCCUGUUAUUGGUAAAACAAGCAAGGGUGAAGGUCAAGAGCCAGGAAUGACAGUGUUGUCAAUAAAGGAUGCGUUGGCUGUUAUUGAAUCCGAUCUAACUCAUGCUGUAAGCCCUCUGCAUGCAUGCUCAAGCUUCAACUUUUCUGAUUCCCUGGAGUGUGAAAAGUCAAGCGCAGACUGUGAAUCUGGAGUAGCUGUGUGUGCUGCCGAGGCCUCUGCUCAGAUCGAUGUUGGUCAGCCAAGGCUAACUUUCUUUGUCAAAUCAAACAAAGUAUCAGAUGACAAGCCAAUUAAUGCUUUUUCCUCUUCCACAGUUACCAAGUCUUACAAUAGAGCAGGUAAUGUAUUGGAUGAGGAAGGUGUUAAACCCAAGAAGGUGCUUUUUAACCCUUCAACAGUUACCAAAAGCAAAACGGAGGUGCCUGUCGAGCAAAGUCCAAGCCCACGCAAAGUGAGAACCUCCAGACGCAGGCUUUUGGAGAAAACGUGUUCGCUUUUGGCUCCUAGCAGCGCAGACCCAAACACAAGCAUAUCCCAGGGAGUCUCCCCCCUACCUAUCAUUAACUGUGACGCAGACAUUGACUUCAAAUUUAACCAAACUUCAACCCAAUUCUCACCGCAGCGGCCGAUGCCACACUGUCCGUCAUUCCCAGAAGGCUCUUCUACAUCCGCCUUUUUUGUGCCACCUCAGUCUAUGACUAUUACUGACGGAGAACAUGCUACAGUUGAAGAGGUACCACCUAACAGUCAACCUUCUGAGAUGUUGCCAUCUUGUGUGCUUCUGGAGUCAUUUCCUGUACAUAGUCGGGCAGUGAAUCAGAGCAAAAAGAGAAAAAGUGAUGAGUUUUUGAGCGACUGCUCAAAUGAUGUAAUGAAAGGCUUACAGAUCAAAAGCUGUGCUGAGACACAUGAACCCAAGAAACCAUGUCAAGAAAAGAGAUUCAAUGCAAGGUCUGGACAAACACGAGGCAAAAUGGCUGUUCAACCAAGCUUAAACAAGUUCUCGAAAGCACCACCAAAAAAGUCUUACCCAAAAUCCACCCCACAGGGAGGACAUUCUUCUGGCACCUCAAAAGUGAAGACAGCAAAGGUGAUUGCUGUGGCCCAGUCCAGACUUGCCUUUAUUAAGCCAAUGCAGACAGCCAUUCCGAGGCAUCCAAUGCCAUUUGCUGCCAAGAACAUGUUUUAUGAUGAGCGCUGGAUUGAGAAACAGGAAAGAGGGUUCACAUGGUGGAUGAAUUACAUUCUCACUCCCGAUGACUUUAAAGUAGUUACUGAAGUCACCAAAGUGAAUGCCUUAUCCCUAACCAUGGGAGACAAGUUCAACAUACCCAAAGCUCCAACCAAAGAGGAGAUGUCCUUCAGAACGUACACGGCCCGACGGCACUUGAACCAUCUUCGCAGGGCGGCUUGCCAGCUGUUCACGUCCGAGGGCAUGGUGAAGGCCAUCCAGCGCCUGGAGAUUGAGGUGGAGGCCAAGAGACUACUUGUACGCAAGGAUCGUCACCUCUGGAAGGAUAUAGGUGAAAGACAGAAGGUUUUAAACUGGCUUUUAUCUUACAAUCCACUCUGGCUGAGAAUUGGCCUGGAGACUAUCUUUGGGGAGUUGAUUCCCUUGGAGAGCAACAGUGACAUCACGGGGCUGGCCAUGUUUGUGCUGCGGCGUCUGCUUUGGAAUCCGGAUAUUGCGGCAGAGUUCAGACACCCCAAAGUUCCUCACUUGUACAGAGACGGGCAUGAAGAGGCUCUGUCCCAGUUCACAUUGAAGAAGCUGAUUUUACUUGUCUGCUUCCUGGACAAGGCCAAAGAAUCCAGGCUGAUUGAACAUGACCCCUGUUUGUUCUGCAUGGAUGCUGAAUUUAAGACGAGUAAAGAUAUCCUGCUGGCGUUCUCGCGGGACUUUCUCAGUGGUGAGGGCAAUCUCCCACGCCACCUUGCUCUUCUAGGUCUCACUGUGUCCCACAGCCAGACGGCUCUGGCUGAGUUCAGCUUCGCCGUGCAGAACCUCGCCAUUGACCUGAGAUGUGGCAUUCGCUUAGUACGCAUUAUGGAGCUCUUCACUCAGGACUGGUCCCUGUCGAGCAAGCUGAGGAUGCCAGCUGUCAGCCGUCUGCAGAAAGUACACAAUGUUGACCUCGCGUUGCACGUGCUCCGAGAGAGAGGGGUAUCCCUGUCUGAUGAGCACGGGACAGUCACCGAUGCCAGAGACAUAGUAGAUGGACACAGAGAGAAGACCCUUAAUCUUCUGUGGAAAAUCAUCUUUACCUUUCAGGUUGAGAUUCUGCUCGAUGUGGAACAACUCAAAGAGGAAAUCGGCUUUCUCAGGAAAACCCGGAGAGCAAAACAGAUGUUGGCAUUGUUGAGGGCUGACAAAUGUGCUGUGAGAAGCACAAAAGAAAGGCCAACAUUUCAACAUCCCAGUGAGAAAAUACACCUGCUCCUGGACUGGGUCAACGCUGUCUGUGAAUUCUACAGUUUAAAGGCUGAAAAUUUCACAGUUGCUUUCUCAGAUGGCAGAAUUCUUUGCUAUCUGAUUCAUCACUACCAUCCAAACCACCUGCCGGCUGAGGACAUUCACCAGGAAACCACCCAGACUAUUGAGUGUGGCUAUCGAGGCAACAUGGAACUAAACAACUCCUCCAGUGACUCGGACUGCUCCUUUGCAAUGGAUCAAAAUGCUAAUGAGUCACUAUCAGUGGAUUUCAAGGUGCUUCUUGAGAAUGAGAGGAGUAAUUUUCAGCUGGUGAACACAGCUGUGACUUACCUUGGAGGAGUUCCUACGAUGAUCACUCCAGAGGACAUGUCUAACACAAUCCCUAAUGAAAAGGUGGUUACAUGUUACCUGUCCUUUCUCUGCGCUCGACUUCUGGAUCUGCGGAACGAGACUCGAGCUGCCCGAGUUAUCCAGAGAGCCUGGAGGAGGUACAGGCUGCAGAAAGACGCGCAGCUCCACCAGCAAAGGAACCUGGCUGCAUACAAAAUUCAGGCUUGCGUGCGGAGCUUCUUGCAGAAGAGGAGGCUAGCCAGACAGACGAAGGCUGUCACCGUCAUUCAGGCCUUCUGGAGAGGUUACUCUGCCCGAGGAGAGCUGAGCAGAAUGAGGGAGGCAAAGGAGCACGUUGUCCGAAAUGCAGCAGCAAUCUUGAUCCAAAAAAUGUACAGGGGUUGGAGAACUCGAACCUUUCUGAGCAAGAGUCAUGCCUGUGUUGUGAUCCAGACGGCCUUUCGGAAAUGGCACUUGAGCAAAAUGGCGUGGAGAAAUUCUGCUGCCGUGAGAAUCCAGACAUGGUACAGAAUGAGGCUGUGCCGAAGACGCCACCUGGCCGUGAGGUCGUCGGCCGUAUGCAUUCAGGCGUGGUUCAGAGGCAACUACCAGAGGCAGCGCUUUCAAGUGCUUAAGCAACAGCACGGGGCUGCCAUCGUCAUCCAGAGCGCAGUCAGGGCCUUCCUGGUCUGCAGACGGAUCCGGGAGAUGAGGCAAGCAGCAGCUGUGAUCCAGGCGUGGUAUCGGGCGUGUUCGCUACGGAAUGCAGAGCAGAGGCGGUACCUGGAGAUGAAAUCUGCUGUGGUGUCACUCCAAGCGGCGUUCCGAGGUUGGAGGGUGCGGAGGGAGGCGGGCAGGCGCCGGCAUGCCGUGCUCCUAAUCCAGGCCUCCUACAGAGCCUUCGUUGCUCGGCUGUGUUUCUGGACUUUGAAAAAAGCCACAGUCCUCAUCCAGCGGCGAUACAGAGCUAAAGUGGUUGGAGGGAAAUUAAGAGAAGAUUUCCAAGCUCUUAAAUGCGCUGCAGUGCAAAUCCAAGCCCUGUGGAGAGGGAGGGCACAGAGGAAGAGAAUGGAGCAGCUCCAUCAAAGUGCCACUGUGAUCCAGUCACACUAUCGUAGACAUGCGGCACAAACAAAGUUUAUGGCUUUGAAAUGCGCAACUUUAGUUAUUCAAAAACAAUACCGGGCUUUCACGGCAGCAAGGAUGUUACAGUGUGAAUUCCUAGCAAUGAGAAAAGCUGCAGUCACAAUUCAGAGUGCAUAUCGAGGCAUGAGAGCAAGACAAGAAAUGUUCAAAAGAGCCAAAGCAGCCACUCUGAUCCAGUCCGCUUUGAGAGCUUUCACCUGCCGCAAGAAAUUUUUAGCCCAGAAGAGUGCUGCUAUUGUCCUUCAACAGAUCUACCGGGCACGCGCUCUCAGACAGCUGCAGAGAGACCAUUACCUUCAGCUCAGACAAGCAGCUAUUGGGCUGCAGGCCAUAUAUCGAGGCUCCAGAGCACGAAGAGCCCAGACAACCAGACAUCGUGCAGCUACAGUUAUACAAACGUACUUCAGGGUGUAUAGGGUUCGUGUCUCCUAUCUUGCUGUCAGGUGCGCCACUGUUGUUAUACAGCGGCGCUACAGAGCGCAUGUCCUGGAAAAGCAUACGCGUGCGUCUUACAUACAAACAAAAACCGCCGCCGUCACUAUCCAGUCAGCAUUCAGAGGGAUGCAAGUUCGCAGAAAGCUUCAAAAAAUGCACCUAGCGGCAACGGUGAUUCAAGCACAUUUCCGUGGACACUCUCAACUCUUGAAGUACAAGAGGCAAAAAUGGGCAGCAUCUGUCAUCCAGCAGCAUUUCCAGGCAAGUGUGAUGAAGAACGCCGCUGAAAAGCAGUAUGUUGCACUGAAAACCGCGGCUCUGUUUAUCCAGUCAGUGUAUCGGGGCAUGAGGGCCAGGAAACGGCUUGCAGAGAUGCAUUGGGCUGCACGGGCUCUCCAGAGUACAUACAGAGCCCGUAAGCAGUGCAGGGAGUAUCGCGCCCUCAAACAAGCGGCCGUCGUUGUGCAGAGAAAGUUCCGGGCCAAGCUGCACGCAGAGCAGCAGCGGGACAUGUACAGCUCCAUGCGUAGAGCAGCCAUCACUUUGCAGGCGGCGUGCAGAGGGAUGAGGGUGAGGCAGGAGAUGCGAGAGGGGCACAGAGCAGCCACGGUCAUCCAGGCAAGGUACCGCAUGUACAGAGUGCACACUUCCUUCCGAGCCUUGAGACUUGCUGCAGUCCUCAUUCAGAGAUGGGUCCGCUGCCACCUGAAGAGGAAAGAAGCCAGGGACCAUUUCUUGAAGCUGCGCCAUAGUGCUCUGGUCCUGCAGGCUGUUUUUCGAGGGAGCCGGACAAGGUGUGAAAUCGCUAAGCUGCAUUCUGCAGCUACGGUGAUCCAGCGCAAUUAUCUGGCUUGCAGAGAAAGGAGACGUUUUUUGUCCAUCAAAGCGGCAGUGGAGCGUUGUCAACAGAAACGCCGGGCCGCUUUGGCCGCGAGGCGGGAGCGGAUCGCUUACAUGACUAAGCGCAGCGCCGUGGUCGCAAUUCAGGCAGGUUACAGAGGGAUGAGGGUUCGGCAGCAGAUGAGGGUCAGGCAAGAGGCUGCAGUAAUCAUUCAGUCCCACGUCAGGAAGCACUUCAACGUACAAUACUACCAGAGGAUACUGUGGGCAGCCAGGACUAUUCAGCAGCAUUACAGAGCAAACAUGCUGAUGAGGCAGACCAAGUUGUCCUUACAGGAGAUGCAGCGGUCUGCCGUGGUUUUACAAGCGGCGUUCCGCGGUAUGAAGACCAGGAGCUCUUUGAACCGAAAGCACCAAGCUGCUACUGUUCUGCAGAGUGCCUACAGGGCCCACUGUGCCCAGAUGCGGUAUUUGUGCAUGAAAUAUGCUGCUGUUGCCAUUCAGCAAAAAUACCGUGCCACACUUGAGGCCCGCCAGCAGAGGGAGCACUUCCUGAGGCUGCACCGUGUUACAGUUCACCUACAAGCCUGCUACAGAGGUCAGAAGGUCAGGAGAGAAGUUGUUCUUCAGCAGCAAGCAGCUACUCUGAUUCAGGCUGCUUUCAGAAGGCACAGGGAGGAGACCAAGUACCAGGCCAUGAGGCUGUCUGCCAUUAUCAUACAGAAAUAUUACAGGUCAUGUAUUCAGGCUAAGAAUGACCGUGAGGAAUAUGUGAGGCUUAGAAGGUGUGCCAUUCUCAUUCAGGCAGCUUUCAGAGGGCACUGUGUACGUCAGACUAUAACAGCAAUGCACAAAGCUGCCACCGUCAUUCAGGCUGCUCUACGAAUGCACAAGCACAGAUGUGCAUUCCGAAGGCAGCGGUGGGCAGCGUGCAUUCUCCAGGAGAGAUUCCAUGCUUGGAAGCUAGGGCGCCAACAAUGGCAGCGCUACAGGCAGCUAAAGGACGCAGCCGUAUGUUUGCAGAAGUCUUUUAGAGGCAGGAAGGGAAGGGAAGCUGCAAAUCGGCUCAGAGCUGCGAGGACGAUCCAGUCGUAUCUAAGGGUGGCUCUCCAAAGACGCCGCUUCCUGAAGACCAAGGCUGCGGUGGUGGCGAUCCAGUCAGCGCACAGGGGGCGUCGGUGUAGGGUGCGACUCGCCGAGAAGCAGAAGGCCGCACUGGUUAUACAGCGGUGGUACAGGUCACGCAGGCUGGUCCGUACGCAGAGGAAUAAAUACCGAGCGAUCCGGAAAGCCACCCUGACUUUGCAGCGCGCUCUGCGUGGCGCAUUGGUGAGGCAACGUGAAAAAAGAAGACUCGCUGCCAUCAAGGUCCAGUCUGCACUGCGCAUGCACAUCUACCGCCGCCGGUACGUGGAACUGCGAGCGUGUGCCGUGGUGUUGCAAGCUCACUACAGGAUGUGGGCAGCCAGGAGAAGCUUUCUGUGCCAUCGUGCUGCUGCUGUGACUUUACAGACGUUCUAUAGGGCAUACAGGGCGAAACUGGAGCACAGACACCAAUAUCUUAGGACACUGAGGAGUGUCCAGAUCCUUCAGGCUCGAGUGCGUGGUUUCAUUGAAUACAGAAGAUUCCAAAAAAUGAGAGCAAGUGCAGUCUCAAUUCAGGUGUACUACCGGGGAAUGAGGGAGAGACGCAAGUUUCAGCGUGUUAAAAAAUCCAUAUCUGCUAUUCAGAAGCAUUACAGGGCCUACCAGCAGGGCAAGAAUGAGCGAACACACUUCCUCAAACUGAGAAGCUCUGCAGUUUUGAUACAAUCUGAGUUCCGUGCCUACCAGUCAAGAAAACAUGAAGCGCAGAACCAAGCUGCACUAACAAUCCAAGCCUGGUUCAGAGGACAUCAAGCUAGACGUGCAUACAUCUCUAAGAGAGCUGCUAUUGCAACUAUCCAUCGGUGUCUUCAAACAAGGGUUCAGAGAGCAAGGUUUCAAGAUGUCCAACACAGUGUUAGGGUCAUUCAACAAAGAUGGAAGGAAACUCUGCUUGCAAGGAGACAGCGAGCUGACUUCAUGAGGGUCAGAAAGUCAGCUGUCCUUAUACAAGCCUUGUGGAGAGCUGCUAGAGUGAGAAGCUCCAUUCAAAAGAAGCGCAGAGCAGCUAUGGUGAUCCAGACGGCUUUCCGAAGGUACGUCCGCAGGCGGGAGUUUACGCAGCGGAAAGCCUCGGCCCUGGUGCUCCAGCGCCACUUCCGAGUGUUCCUGCUGGCCAGAGCGGAGCAGGAGCGUCGGAGGAGGCAGGUUUCUGCCGCCGUCACUCUGCAGGCCUUCUGCCGUGGCUGGCUCGCAAGGCAACAAGCAAAGGAAGCUGCACGCGUUGUGGGGCUCCGGCGUUUCUGUGCUGCUGCGUAUCAUCAUCUGUGUGCGGUGAGGAUCCAGAGGGCCCUGCGAGCUCACUGGGCACUGACAGCAGCCCAGAGGCAAAUCUCCUCCAUCCUGUACAUCCAGCGUUGGAUCAGGGCGAAGCUUCAAAGAAAGCGAUACCUUGAGCAAAGAGAGAGCAUCAUCAAGGUACAGAGAGUGGUAAAGGCUUGGUUUCACCACCGCAGUCGAGCUGCCACUGUUAUCCAGCACAUGGCCAGAAGAUUCCUUCUGAGAUGCAGGAAAGAAAAGCUGCAACAAGGAAUUAUAAAGGCGCAGGCCCUUUGGAGAGGUCAUAGUUCAAGAAAAUUCCAUGAUACCUCCAAAGUCAUUUCCAUCAGACACCGCCUCAGGAAAGUCAACAGGGAAGCCAAAGAAGAAGACAAGCUGUGUCAUAAGACCAAAACUGCUCUGAGUUACCUUCUAGAAUAUCACAAUUAUGCCCACAUUCUAAUGGCCUUAAAGAACUUGGAGACUGCAACCAGACUUUCACCAGAGUGUUGUGAGCAUCUUGUGAACAGUGGAGCAACACGCACCGUCUUUACCCUGAUAAGGAGCUGCAACCGGAGUGUUCCUUCCAUGGAGAUAAUCACCUUGGCAAUCCAAGUUCUUCUCAAUUUAUCAAAGUACAACAAAACCAUAGAUACGGUUUAUGAGGUGGAGGACUCUGUGGACACACUCUUGGACCUGCUCCAGAUCUACAGAGAGAAAGCUGGGGACAAGGUGGCUGACAAAGGAGGCAGCAUCUUUACCAAAGCAUGUUUCCUUUUGGUGAUUUUGGUACAGGAUGAAGGACGUGCAAUGGGGGUAAGAACACUUCCCAGGGCCUCAGACCGCAUAUGCAGCAUUUACCGCCUUACAAUGCGAAAGUACAAAAUGGAUGCCCAGAGAACCAAAGUCAAACAGAAGAUGAAUGUCUCACUGAAUGGAAGCUUCCUUCCGCAAGCCACUCCUCAGAAAUCCAAGUCGGUGGCAAGAUUUGUACCAGACUGGGUUCUUCAGAAAGCGAAGCGGAAAGAUAUCGUAGACCCUCUUGGAGCCAUCCAGAUGCUGGUCCAUGCUCUGGCUCUCAUACCUUGAAAGUGUGUGAUUGUGAUUUUUUUUUUUUUUUUUUCUUUUCAUCAUUAAAUUGAUCUUGUACAUAUUUUUAACCAAUGGUUUUAUAUUUUAUCUGUCCUUUCAGAAAUGUAUUUUAGAUGUAUUUGUACAUGCCUUUACAUUAUGUACUUUGUUUGUUGCAUAAUUUGGUGGCUCAUUGCCAGCUUGGAGAUGUUAUAAAAACAGAUGCUAAACCAUUGAAUUUAAUAAAAGGUGUCUUUUGCUGUGCACUUCAUUUUUUGUUUCUGCAAACUUAAAUGAUGGUGGAAAAACUGGAUGAUUUACUAUGACAAUUGAAAACUUAUUAAAGUCACUAUUGCUAU